CUUUCUGCUUCGCUCUUCAGUGUUCUUCCCAUUCAAGUUAAUAGGUGGAAUUAUACGAUCUUGCUUUCUCUUUUGGAAGGAGCAUUUAUAGAUCUGUCUUAUUUUCCAACCCAAAGUACCUUCCAGUUGUUUCAUUUGUUCUCUGUAUUUAUUAUUUAUCGAUUUCGAUCUCUAAAGAGUAGGUUGCUGAAGAUUUAGGAAAGGAGAAAUUGAACUUAUUGUAGAAUACGGAAUGUGAUUGAUCAAACUGCAAACUGCAUUUUCUUUUCCAGGAAAUCCUACAGUUUUUCCUAUUCAUAAAUAACAAUUAAGAUAAUGUGUAAAGAAUACGUCUGUGAUAAUUUUCUGGAAACUGGGAAUAUGAAUUUAUUACGAUCUUUAUGCUAGAAUCUGAAUCUGGCACUCAUUUCAGCAAUGAUCAAGAGUAUUGGAGUUCAUAAUGUUCAGGUCAUCCCCUCGAAGGAAUCAGAGAUCCAAAGGCUUCAAGGUAAAACGUGCAUUACAAAUAUUUCUUUUGCUUGGGGUUUGCGUCUGGCUCGUUUACCAAGUUCAGCAUUCUCGCGGUAAGAAAGCUACUUUCGAUGAGAGCACAAAACGUGAUAAUGUUGUGAAACUAGGGAGGAAGGACCUCCAUCCUCGAGUCGAUGAAAACUUCAUGAGUGAUGAGAGCCAUAAAGAGGUCGAAGAAGACACCAGGAAUGAUCUGGAAAAGGGUGCGUCUGAAAGUGACAGUGAAGAAAAGGGUGGUGGGAAUGAUGAGUUUCAUGAUCAACAAGCAGUUCGGGAGGAAAGUGACAAUAAAAAUUUUGUGGUGGAUAUGGAGAAAGAGAGAGAGGAGAUCAGUGAGGUUAGCAAAGAGACAGAAAUUGAAGAGAACAAAGAUGCGGAAAACGAAAACAAAGGAAAUGAAGAGAUUAAAAAGGGAGAAACUGAUGAUAAGGAAAACGGGGAGAUUGAAAAGAGUCAAAGUGAAGAGAUCGGUAGAAGGGGAGGAAGCGAAGAUAAUGGAAAUGAAGAAAGCAAACAACAGGAAAAUCCAGAAGAGAAUGGAAAUGAAGAAAGCAAAGGACAGGACAAUCGUGAGGAGAAUGGAAGGGAAGAAAGCAAAGAACAGGACAAUCAACAAGUGAAUGGAAACGAAGGAAGCAAAGAGCAGGAAAAUCAAGAAGUGAAUGGAAAUGAAGAAAUCAAAGAGCAGGAAGAUCAACAACUGAAUGGAAACGAAGAAAGCAAAGAGCAGGAAAAUCAACAGGUGAACGGAAACGAAGAAAGCAAAGAGCAGGAAAAUCAGGAAGUGAAUGGAAACGAAGAAAGCAAAGGCCAGGAAAAUCAGGAAGUGAAUGGAAACGAAGAAAGCAAAGGCCAGGAAAAUCAGGAAGGGAAUGGAAACGAAGAAAGCAAAGAGCAGGAAAGUCAACAAGUGAAUGGAAACGAAGAAAGCAAAGAGCAGGAAAAUCAAGAGGUGAAUGGAAAGGAAGAAAGCAAAGAGCAGGAAAAUCAAGAAGUGAAUGGAAAUGAGGAAAGCAAACGCCAGGAAAAUCAAGAAGUGAAUGGAAACGAAGAAACCAAAGAGCAGGAAAGUCAACAAGUGAAUGGAAACGAAGAAAACAAAGGCCAGGAAAAUCAACAAGUGAAUGGAAAGGAAGAAAGCAAAGAGCAGGAAAUUCAAGAAGUGAAUGGAAAGGAAGAAAACAAAGAACAGGAAAAUCAAGGAGUGAAUGGAAAGGAAGAAAACAAAGAACAGGAAAAUCAAGGAGUGAAUGGAAACGAAGAAAACAAAGGCCAGGAAAAUCAAGAAGUGAAUGGAAAUGAAGAAGGCAAAUCGAAGGAGAAUCAAGAAGAGAAUGGAAAUGAAGAAGGCAAAUCGAAGGAGAAUCAAGAAGAGAAUGGAAAGGAAGAAAGCAAAAUGAAAGAAAACCAUGAAGAAAAUGAAGGUAAAGAUAAGGUAAAUGAGAUGCCGACAGAAGACAUUAAACAAAAUAAAAACGAGGAGAGAAGCCAGAGUAAAGAGAGUGAAACCGAAGACAAGAAUGAAGAAAACAAAGAAAAGGAAAAACAAGAAGAGAGGGGAAGUGAAGAGACUGAGAAAAAAGAAAGCAAUGAUGGAGGAGAUAGGGAGAAGGAGAAUGGUGCCAAUGGGAAGGAAGAGACCAAGGAGAAGUAUAGAGAGGAUGUUGAUGUAGAAACCAAAGAAGGCAGCAGUGAGACCAAGGAAGGUUCCAAGGGUACCAUGGGAGGCAAUGGUAGCGACAACAAGGAGAACAAUGAAAACGAUACAGACAAGCAAGAACAAAAGGAAGGUAAUAUUAAGGGUGUAGUUUCAGCUGAAGCACAGAUUCAAGAUGGGAGUGAGAGGAAUAAUGGCGAUGCAAGAGAAGCACAAUACAAAGGUGAUAAUGCUUCCAGUGCUGAAAAUGGGCAGGAUGGUUUUGCAAAAUUAAAUGAGGUAGAGUCAGUUGAAAAUAAAGAAAACCAUGAGUUUCAGCAUGAGGAUGUAAGGAAGAGUAGCGAAGCUGUUGGUUCUGAUAAAAAUGAGUCAGUCCAAAAUGAAAGUGAAACUGGAAGUAAUGGAAACAACCAAUCUGAUGUACCAGACAAAGUGACGAAUAACAAUGAAGAGCAGCCAGUGUCCGAAUAUAAAGACCAGCACCAGGAUGAUUCAAUUCCUUCGAAUGAGAAAACUUCUGAUACAAUCACAACAAAUGAAACUGCAACCAACAUCAAUCUCGAUCAAGAUAACUCCACUUCAAAGCAUAUCGCACUUGAAGAAAAAAAUAAUUUUAACACAUCUCUCAGCGGUGAACAAAAAGAUUCAAGUCCAUCAAAUUCAACUUCCUUUGAUAAUACAGAUACUUCAAAUGAAGGAUCCAAAGAGUCGUCAGAUCAUACGAGCCACAAUGAAUAUGAAAAUGCUGGUCAUAGCAACUCAAAUGAUGAUUCUUCUGGUCAAAAGAAUGACCAUGCUAAUGCUUCAGAUAUGUCGAACCCCCAAGAGAAUGAUGCAUCCUCAAACACUAUUGAAGGUACUGGUGCUGGACAGAAUGACAAUGAGAACGUUGAUCAAAGCAAUGGAAACUAUAAUGAUCAGCCAAAAGAACAAUUUGAUUCUCACAAUGAGGGUAUCACAUUUUCUGACACAAACAACAGUGAGGAUAAGGUUAAUGCCGAAGAUUCUUCAGGAUUUUCUUUGCCUCAGGAAGAGAAGGAUGCUCGUACAGAUUUGGAUACCUUACCCGAGAGCAAAACGGAAGGGAAUAACAAGGAUGAAACAGCCACAGAGUGACAUCUUAUAUUCUCUCAUCUGGAUUUUUCGUCAUUUUGUUUGUUUUCUUUUUCAUAAGGAUCUUUUUUGUUUCUGGUUCUCUGCAGCAGUACGUCCUUUAAGUGAAUAUAUAUACACACACACACUCAUAUGUCUCUUUUUUGGGUUUGCUGCUGGAAGAGUUUUGAAAGCUAGGAUGAUUUCUUUUUCGCAUUUGAUGCUUCAUAUUAGUUCAUGAGGUGGUCUUUUGUGCGUCAAAUUUAGUAUAUACAUUUGUAAUCUUCUUUAUCUUCCAUAAUGUUUGUUGGUAGACACCUAUCGGUAUCAGUUUUCUCCUGUGAUAUGCAUUUCUAUAUUUAAUA